AUGCCCUCACCCUUCUCGCUCGGUACAUCAGUGCAACACCCACCGGAACCACCAGUGAUGCCGGCGACUCAGUACAUUCCUGAGCAGGGUAAGUAUGGUCUGAGGAACAAGGAAGGACCGCUCAACAAUGACCACUUGUGUCCCGACACCGACGUCACCCGCCCGGUUGUUCUCCUCGUUUAUCAGCCCAUCGAGGGCCUCAUUCAGAGGCACCGUGAUCUGCACUGGAGUCUCGGCUGGGAAGUCAGCAACAAAGGGUUUCGCUUGAUCCACAUCCAGACGCACAACGACGUGCGUGACCCCCAGCCGAUCCCCCGUUAUGUCUAUUGGGGCGGGCAGACCAAGACUGCUGGGAACGCUACGAGAAUGGCCCAGAAGUUCUUCAUCGGCAACCUCAGCCUGCAGCAGCGGCAGCAGAUCGAGCGCAUCGCGCAGACUGUCGAGGUAGCGUCGCCCAACGGCCAGUGGAACUGCCAGAAUUGGAUAGAUGUGUUGCUUCGCAAGCUGGUUGAACAUGGGGUAAUCACAUCGGCAGCGUGGGCGGAGGCGAUGGCUGGUGCCAGAGGUGCUUAUCGUGAUUGUCUUGCGGACUGA